AUGCCAUCUGAGUCACCCCCCAAGGUGUGCAACAGUUAUGCACAGACCGGUAGUUGUCGAUUCGGCUCCCAGUGCAAGUUUGCACAUGUCGAAAGGGUCAGUGUUACCAGCAAUAACAACAAAAAGCGCAGGCGUGUCGAAAGGGUCAAUGUCACCAAUAAUAACAACAAAAAGCGCAAGACCAACUUACCGACCAAGCGCUCUGGUACACAAACACCCCUAGACAAUUUCUUCGCAAAAUAUCCCGAGUUUGAAUACAACUCAUCCGCGUCAGCCUCAUUGGAGUUUAACAGGAUGCGUGACGAGCAUAGCUGGGACGACGAAGAGAGAGAGAAAGCCUACCAUGAUUUCAAGGACGCCAUUGUUCACCAAUUCAACCACUUCUAUGGCACAGACGCGGACAAUCUCACCUCAUGGCGCACUUUGUGUCAGAUCGUCCAAGUUUCGCCAAUUCCUGACACCCUCGAAUCAUGCCGCGAGGCGGUCAAAGCCACUCACGUCAACAUUGUGGACUUGAUUGACGCAGGGGUAACCGAGGGACCAGUGAGGGUAUUCGUCUCGGAGGUGGCACUGAGCGAAUACACUAAGACGACGAGGAAAUUCUUUCCAAGGGACAAUGUACACGCCGGUGGUCUCUUGAAGUACCUGCUCCGCCGUAUCAUGAACCCCAGACCAGAACGCCGUGUGUCCGAGUCUGGUCGGAAGAAGCAGAGCAGGCGUAAACGUUGA